UGUGGCUUUGUGUUUGUGUUCCGAUACGUGACACUGUGACUUCCUCAACACACAUAUACCCGUCGCAGGUUACUCACUCAACGUCCAUUGUUAACUGCCAAAACAUCGUGCUUGUUAAAAAAUAUUCAAAAUGGCAGCAUUAUUUUGGAUUAUAAGCGUUACAUUGGCACUUUGUUACACCGGAACCGCAGGAUUGGAAUGUUACAGGUGUAGUCACAUGAUUAUUACGUCAAAUUUGACGUACCCGGAUGAUGAGGUCAUACGCCAGUUAGCACCCGGAUUGACGAACACGAAGUGCAGACGAACAGACAGUAACUAUGUCCAGACACAGAACCAACAGAAUGUAAACAACAACAACAAUUGGAACACAGGCAGUCAAACAGGAAUUCUCUACCCGAACACGUGUGACACGGCCAGGCCAGGAUCACAGAAGGUCGUCAGGUGUGGGGUUUGGGAGGGGGAUGUUUACGCCACCGUAUUCAGUUCUAAAAGUCUUAUGCUGGCUACCUUUGCCUUUGGAUGCGCUGAAGUCGACGACUAUAAGAAAUAUGGAUGUUAUAGCCAGUCAGGUGAGGAAUCCGACAGGAUCUUCUUCCAGGAAAUUCUUCGUGGAUCCUUCCGAGACAACGUGUACGUCAAGGAUUUCCGGGGACGGUUUUGUCUUACUGCGGACGCCGAGUCCCAGUUAAUCUCCGGCGGUGAUAACUUAUCAGUCAUCAGUCCGAUUUUCCUAUUGGCUACGUCCAUUCUAGCGUAUGUUGUCACAAAACGUCUUUAAUUGUGGCAGAAAUUGUAUUGGUUAGGUUUCUUUGUAGCAGGACAUUUUUAAUAUUGUGUGAAAGAUUGUCUUUUUAUAGAAUGGAUGUUGCGUAUGUGUUCUUGGGAGACAUGCAAGUAAGAGUUUUUCUUGGAUUGUGUUGUUGCUGUUUUUUUAUUGUGCCAUUUCUGAAUUGACACUUUUAAUUGAACAAAACCGAUUCAUUGUUGCCAAGACAGUUGUCUUAUAUACACGUAGGACAUACUGCACCCUAUUUAUUUGUAGGAGACUCUUUAAAGCUUCAAGAAGCUUCUUUCUGAUCAAUCGUUAAUCAAUUUCUUUUUUAGUUAGUCUUUUUUAUCUGUUUAUAGUAUUAUAUAUAUGAUAGAUCUGACAGUUUCGGCUGUAAUACAGUCAAUUUAAGAAUAAUCUUUUUCAGCAAUAUUUUGAAAAUGUUUGAAUUCUUUGCCAUUUUGAAAGAAACAGCUCAAAUCGGUAAUAGUUAAUAUCAUGUGUUGGAAGUGUAAAUGUUUUUUUUUGUUUUUGUUUUUGUUUUGUUUUUUUAUUUUUCUACGAAAAUACAAAGUAUUUAUAUUCUUGAAUUUUCCUAUAAAUGUCUUUUUCAUAAAUAACAAUUGCACGACUAAAAACGUUUGUGUACAUAUAUGUAUGUUGAUGUAAAUAUGUUAAUAUUGUAUUUCAUUGUUUUAGAAUCUUUACAAUUAAUUGACAAGUGAGAUGAUGUAGAUAUUGAAUGGCGUAUCACCUCAUUGGUCUUUUGUUUUGAUAAUAAUGCAAUUUUCAGAUUACAAUGUAACCUAAUAAUUUUAAAUAUAUGCUAGUUUCUUUCAAUGGAAUGCAUUAACCCCUGUUUAAGAAUAUAAAUAAUAUCCACAAUAACAGUUGUCGUUGUAAUGUAGAAAAGAAAUUUGAAAUUAAACAAUUAAUAUAAAUAUAAAAUUUUACUCAAAAUUUAAAAGGAAAUUUAAUCAUUACAAAGUAAAUAUAAAAUUUUCAAUCAGAAUAGAACAUUAUGAAAAAUUGUGAAAUUAAAAAUUAAAAUUAAAAUUGAAAUUUGAAAGGAAAUUUAAUCAUAGCAAAGUAAAUAUAAUAUAGAUAAAUGUAUAUAUUUCCAGCACUUUGUAUCAAGGUUUCGAAACUAGGUUAUUCUCUUUAAUUAAAAAUAUUUCUCAUUUUUACAAUAACGUAAGAUCUGUAUGAUUAUAUAUAUUUAUAUUUGCUCAUCUCAUCAUUUGGCUUGCAAAUUGAAAUAAGGCAUGUCCAUUUGAUACUGUAAAGCAUGAAAUAUACUUGCAGGUAGUAUGUUCCUAGCCUUGAGAAUCCUCUGGCCCUGACGCCGUGUGUUGUGUAGGAGCCCUUACACCAGACAUUGUAUCAGGACCAGAAGAAUCUAGGUCAAGUUUAUUCUAGCAAACACUAAAAGAGUAACCCAGUAUUUCAACUAAAUUCGCUAUAUUGACUUUUGGGGUUCAUUAUCAACCACGAAAAUUGCGAAUGUCCAUACACCACCAAGAUUUCAUGUCAUACAAUAUGUCAUCCAUUGUUUUAUUAACACUGUUAAUGAUGUGUAUUGUUUUAUAAUUUUAUCUAUUAAUGAUGUAUUAUUUUAUAAUUUUAUCUAUUAAUGAUGUAUUACAAUAUGUGAACGUUUAACAUUGUGAAAAAGAAACUAAGGGCAAAGCUAUCAUGCAUAUCAAAAUAUGUAUUAUUAUUUGAAUAAACAAAGAGAAUAAAAAGGAUUUAAGAAAAAAUCUUGUUUUAUAUUGAAUCCUUUUUAAAUAGUACAUUGUUUUUCAAAUAAUUUGUGAAUGUUUGUGAAUGACUUGCUAUAAAUGUGAAUGUAUUAAAAUCAAUUUAUUUUUGUACUAGUUGAACUCUGUGUUCUAGAAUCGUCUUGCCUAUGUUCUAUAUUGUUUUACCUAGUAAACAAAAUCGAUCUCUGAUAAUUUAAUAAAUCCAGUCAAAUUCCAGGGAUUGAUGUGUUUUAUAAACAUUCAGUUGAACGAUAUUGUUUAUCAAUGUUAAUAUAUAUUAAUAUCAUUGAUAUAUUGUACAUUUGUUUCGUGUUGUUAUAUUAGUUUAAGUGAUUGCACAUUAACAUUGUAGAAAUUAUGUCAAACCUGUCAUGGUAUGCGGUUAUAAGUCAUUCCUAGUCUAGUGCGUUUUGUUGUAAAUUUCCUUCAUAGCGGAAUACAGAAUAAAUGGUCAAACACAACUUAAAAUUUGCCCAGUAUAUGAGGGAAAUUAUGUAAAUGAACAAUUACUCAUGCUUAAGUUGAUAAUGAUGCCGAGUCUUAAUUAUUUUACCAUUGUUUUUUAGAAAAGAAAAGAAAUUUCGCUAAUUACUACGCUGUACAUAGAUGCUAAUUUUAAUUUUCGCUAUACUUUAUAGUUAAUAAUGCUCAAGGGGGUUAUGUUUGAGUUAUUAUCCGUUGUAAUUGAAUUUAUCGCAAAAAAUCAAUAUCAGCUAACGUUGUCUGUAAAUGUAUAUCAUUUUAUUAUAUACCUGUGUAUGUAGAAACAAGUCUAGAUGUUGAUAUAACUGACAGGAAUAUAAAUAUAAGUCCCUUAUAGAAUUAAGCAAUACACGAAUUAUCAGAUUAACAUAUACUUUGAUUUCUGAUAUGUAUAUUAUAUUGCUCAGGGUUAAAGCCUUAGAAGUAGCUAUCGGUAAAAUCAUGUUACGGUGAAUCUUAGAGACAACAAUGUCUGAAACUAGGUCUAGGAUUUUUAUUUCCGACAAUAAAUUCACAACUAAACAGUAUAAUUUAUUUUGUAUUCUCUUACCAUUCCUAAAAACAUAUAUUGAUACUGACUACUCAUGCCAAUAUCUAAAAUGGUUUUAAAAAUUAACGAAGAAUAUAUAAAUAAUAAAAAAAAGAAAUAACGAUUGAUAUCAAAACCAUUGAAAAUUACAAGGAGAACAAGACCAGGUGUUUUGGAAGGGUAAGUGUCCUCUGCUUCAUCAACGACACUUAUAGUAAAUCUAGGUUAUAUAUAAAUAUCAUGGCACGUCCUCAAAAUAAAACCAGGGGUAAUAUUUUAUCAAAUCCAGGUAAUGUCGUGUUCUUGAAACGAAAACUGGUCUGUUAUAAUGAUAGGCAUUUGUCGGAACAGACAGGAAUUUGUAGGAAGAGCUAGGCAUUUAUCGGAACAGAUAAACAUUUGUCGAAACAGAUAGGCAUUUGUAGGAACAGAUAGGCAUUUUGUCGGAACAGCUAGGCAUUUUGUCGAAACAGAUAGGCAUUUGUAGGAACAGAUAGGCAUUUUGUCGGAACAGAUAGGCAUUUUGUCGGAACAGGUAGGCAUUUGGCGGAAAAGAUAGGCAUUUGUCGGGAACAGAUAUGCAUAGAGAUAAAGAUCGGCGAAAUUCUCCUGAUUGAUAAAUGAUGGGGAUUUAUUUUUUGUGUUGUAAAUACUCCCUGUUUUAUCAACAUCACCAAUACAAAUGUCACGAAGAAAUGUAUUAUAAGUAUACAUAGUUAAUGUAACGCGACAAGAAGUUUGUAUAUGUACGAUGUCAAAUAUUGACUCUAAAUGUUUGAUUAAUUUAAAUGUGAGUAACUAAUCAAUGCAUGAUUGACAGUUUCCCGUAGCUUUAAUAUCUAAUUGGAGGAAGCCUGGUAUACCUCUUUAAAUAUCGAAGUCAAACUUCGACAUACUCCCACAGCUUAAGUAGAUUUUAACAUAUAUUGAUGUUUUUUAUUAUUACUUUGUUUGAUUUCAUGCUUAAAAAUUAAAACAAAUUUGUACAUAAUUUCCUGUUGUUUCUAAUUAUAGUGAAGUCAAACUUCAAAAUACUCAACGUUCUAGAUAGGUCUUUGUUAAUAUGAUUGAUGUUUUCAAUAUUAAUUUGCGUGACAACAUAUUUCUGUAUUGAAAUGUAAGACAAUUUCGCAUAUAUUGUGUUUAGGAGUUUAGGUUUUCACUGACAAUGGCGAAGUCUAACUUCGACAUUCACGACUCAAAAAUCUUUGCUAAUAUGAUUGAUAUUUUCAAUAUUACAUUGCUUGACUGCUAGUUUCCGUUUUGAAAUGUAAGACAAUUUCGCAUAUAUUGUGUUUUAGGAGCUGGGUUUUUUAUCGAUAAUAGCAAAGUCAAACUUCGACAUACACGACUUAAGAAUCUUUGUUGAUAUGACUGGUGUUUUCAAUAUUACAUUUCCUGACUAUAUCAUUCAUUUGCAAUAUAAGUCAAAUUUGCAUUUAUUGUUCUCUAAUGAUAUUUACGUCAAAUUUGUUAUAGCCUUACUCCUACUGUUUUGUCAAUGCAAUAUGAUACAUUUGGUAAAUUUCAUUUUUGUUUUUGAUUUACAAUAAAAUCCCACUUAUUCAAACCCGUAUAAAUCUAAUACUCUCUAGUUCGAAACCUACGUUGGGCAGUUGCCAGGUACUGACCGUAGGCCGGUGGUUUUUCUCCGGGAACUCCGGAUUUCCUCCACCUCCAAAACCUGGCACGUCCUUAAAUGACCCUGGCUGUUAAUAGGACGUUAAACAAAAACAAACAAACCAAACUCUAUUCGUCGAACUGUUCGCUUGGCCCCGACCUCGUCCUCAUAUAUUCUUUGUAAGCAAUCUCGGAUAACUCUCUAACCGCUCUUCGUCGAAUACCAUGCAUUCCUCGAACUAGUGUUCAUCCUUUAUAUUCAUAGUAUUCAUCCUACCUGUCGAACAGGUACCACACUUGACAAUUUUUACCUUUGUAACACACUGUGUCAUAUCUGUAGCAUAUCAUAUGUCUUUCCAUAGAGUCAGGGAUUUGAUAAAGUUGACUUAGUUUUUUUAUUAUUUCACAGUUAUAUAUUUGUUUAGUGAGUAUAUAUAAGAUAAUGUGAUGUAUAUUGAUACAAGAGAGAGAAUGUACUUGGAAGGGCCCAGUGAAUAUGCUGAUUGUGUGGAAAUUAGGAACGAUAUUGUAUUUUAGUUUUUUUCAGUGAACAAUAAAUGUUAUUCAACAGAAAAC